GCGACAAUCACGACAACAGCGCCAAACGACAGCCAUGGCCCCCGUUCAGAAGAAGACAGGCAAGUCGAAGCCCAGCGACAAGGCUGGUGCUGCCGCCAAGGCAGUCUUGAAGGGUGCAGGCGCGCACAAGACUCGCAAGAUCCGCACCUCCACCACCUUCCACCGCCCCAAGACCCUCCAGCUGUCCCGGUCUCCCAAGUACCCGCGCGUGUCCGUCCCUCACCUUCCUCGCCUCGAUGCCGCCAAGAUCAUUCUCUACCCCUUGAACACCGAGAGUGCUAUGAAGAAGAUUGAGGAGAACAACACCCUUGUGUUCAUCGUGGACGUCAAGGCCAACAAGCGACAGAUUAAGGCCGCCCUCAAGAAGCUAUACGAUGUUGAGACUGUCAAGGUCAACACUCUCGUUAGGCCCGAUGGACUGAAGAAGGCCUUUGCUCGUCUUACCCCUGAUGUUGACGCUCUCGACAUUGCUGCUACCAAGCUUGCUAUUGUCUAAGUGAUUGAUUUUCUAAUGGGUCUGGGAAAUGGUUUUCUUUUGCGCGGUGGCUUAUAUAUCGGCCCUACAGCUCCCUGCUGUUGUGCGAUAACAAAUGGCUGAAUGAAUAAAACAAAAGAGCUUUGAUGCACGAGUAUACCCUGUGUAGUUGUCAGCCAGGUUUAUUCCAUG